AUGGCUUUUCAUGUGGCAAAUCCCUAUGCCUCAGCGCAAUCUAGCACUUGGGAGUCAGCAGCCGACCUCCAAGAUUUGGUACAUGUUUCUAGCCUGCCUCAUCGUGAUGCAUCUCCCGCUACGACUCACCUGGACCCAAUGCCCGGCGUAGAAAGUAUCAAUCUCAUGACAAAGGACAUGCGAGCACUGGUCAAAAAGAUCCAGGAUCUUCGUCAUCUUGGAAUCGAAGACAGCAAAAUCGCGCUUCCCAAAAUUUGUGUCGUUGGUGAUCAGUCGACUGGCAAAUCGUCCCUGAUCGAGGGUAUGUCAGAGAUCCAAGUGCCUCGUAGUGCAGGGACCUGCACUCGUUGUCCUAUGGAGAUCAAUCUCUCCGAUAGCGACCAGCCCUGGAAAUGUGAGGUGAAGUUGAGUUGCUCCUACACGUACUCGACGAAAAAUGGUUUGCGAAAGAUUACGAAGGCAAACAAGUUGGGACCUUGGUACCAAAUGACCGAAGCUGAGGAUAUACCCUUCCUUACAUUGAACUCCAAGGAUCAGGUUCAGGAUGCCAUCAAGCGAGCACAGCUAGCCAUCCUCAAUCCCCAUAAGAAUCCAGUGGAGUUUCUGCCAUCAUCUUCAAUGAAUAUCGAUGAUGCCUCGACACCUGUCAAAUUCUCUCCAAAUGUUGUUCGCCUCGACAUAUCAGCUCCCCAUUUUCCCAAUCUCGCAUUUUAUGACCUACCAGGGGUCAUUAGCCAAGCUGAACACGACGAGGAAGCUUACCUGGUCACUCUCGUUGAGAACCUCGUCAAACAUUAUGUGGCUCAACGAAAUUGCAUCAUCCUGCUUACGUUGCCAAUGACGGACGACGCCACGAACUCGAGCGCAGCCCGCAUCGUACGUGAGAUCAAGGCGACCGAUCGUACCUUAGGGGUCCUCACCAAGCCCGAUCGUGUGGAAGAUAUUGCUCAAUGGGCCGACCUUUUGACUGGCCACAAAUUUCAACUCGGGCAUGGAUAUUAUGUCGUCCGUAAUAAUCCAAAUCCCAACGUUGGACACCGCCAGGCUCGUAUUGAGGAAACACAAUUUUUCUCGAGUCACCCGUGGACCACAGCGCUGGCCCCCUUCCAGCCUAGACUCGGAACACAUAAUCUCCAGAACGCCCUGUCCAGGCUACUGAUUGACCAAAUCAAGGACUGCCUUCCCGAGGUUCAAUUGCGGAUUCGUGAGAAGGCUUUGAGAAUCGAUGAAGAGCUUCGAGAACUCCCCGAACCGGUCAACCAAAAUUCAUUCUACGUCUUGUGUACAAAGUUACAGGAAUUGAAAAGCGGUAUUGCGGCUUGUCUGGAAGGUGGUUCAAAGGACAUGCCAGCGUUGAAAUUAUGGAACCGAAUCGCUAAAGACUUUGCUUCAGCAAUCCAGCGUACGAAACCUGAUCUACGCUUGCUAACAGACGAGGAGGAUUUCAAAAUUGAUGACGAAUCUGACUGCGAGAUUACGGAUGCAAAAGCCGUGAAACAAACACCAAAAAGAAAACUUUCGUCGCAAGAGGGUAUCGAUGCUGCAUCAACGAAGACUCUCGGUUGCGAUUACACGCAGCAUUUCCAGGAUUUUACCAAGCCAGAGAGAACAUUCGAACUCGAAGAGAUACGCAGCAUCAAUGAAGAUUGUUCCAGUGGACCAACUGCUCAUGUACAUCCCAAAGCCGUUGAGAGAGUGCACCGAUUGAGCGUCUCACACUGGGAACUUCCGAUGCGGACUUUCGUUGAUGUCACUUUCAAACAGGUCAGAAAAGCAGUCUUGGCCCAAGUCAAAUUGGUACUGGUUGCCCAUCAGGAGACUGAACUAUAUCGUCAAGUCUCGGAUAUUUCAGACAAGUUCCUCGAACAGAUGAAAGAGAAUGUUCACAUGGAGGCAGGCAAACUCUACACCCUCGAAAGCACAGAAUUUAUUGCAAAUGAUCGUGAAGCACUUCAAAAAGAUGGAGCGGUGUACUACAGUGAAUUAAAAAAGACUCGCAAGGAGAAGAAGGCUAUAAAUCACUUCCGAAGUCGUGGAGUUCAGGUUUCCACAGACCGAGCUAAAUACGAGAAGGCGAUCGAGGCAUUGGACUUUGGCUGUGAUCCGUUUACUAACGAGCUCAAGUUGAUGGCUGCUGCGCAUGCUCAUUACAAAGUCGCGUCUUGCCGCUUUGUCGACCAAAUCUGUAUGGUUAUACGUUCCAAUAUGUUUACAGAGUGCAAGAAGAGUUUGUUCAAGGAGAUUGAGAAGGGACUCGGAAUAUGUGAAGCGGAUGCAUCAUAUCGCUGUUUGCAGCUAAUGGCCGAUGACUCCGAGCGACUACAACGCCGAGAAUUCCUCCUUAAAGAACAAGAGAAGUUGGAACUUGCUCUGAAAUGGUUGGGAUCGGCUGUAGCGUACAAUGGUCCUAGUGAUGAGGAUGUUGAGAUGAGCCAGGACCAGGAAACUUACAUCAAGACUGCGGAGGAUGAUUGA